UUGGAAAUCGCUUCAUGUAUCAACUCAUGGAAGUAGUGCACAGCACAUGCACAAUAUUGCGUUGCUUUGCCUAAGGCGACGUACUCGAUAUUGGGCGUAUAAAAGAAAUCCAUAAACGCAUUAUACGUAUCGCAGUGUAAUGUGAUGAGCACAAGUGACCAGCAACUUUCUGCACACGUUAUCGGUUAAAAUAAAAAUAUGGAGACUAAUAACGCUGCGGUUGCAGCUGAGGAGCCCACAGCGGCUGCUCCAAUCCCAAUUUUCGCCUGGGACUUGUCUGGGUCCACUUCUGGCGUGACGCAUUAUCACGCCGUGGGAGCCAAGUAUCUGACCAAAUUUCUAGCCGAGCACAGUCCAAAGACUUCCAAGGACCCAGCCCCCAUUUUCCUCACGUGGGAGGACCAUGCCCACCAAGUGACUCUGGAUCGGCUGCGACAAAUUAUUGGCAGCGAGUAUGGCUGCGGGGGCAACACCACGUCCUGCAUCAUCACCUGGAUACAAAAGAAUCUGGGCUGCUCCACCCCCAUUUCCCUCUGGCUGGUCACUGAUGGUGAACUCAUGGCUUCCGACUUGGCAAUCUGCUCUCGACUCAAUCACGAGCUGAAUAUGAACUAUGUUGCUUUCAACUUUAUCAUAAUUUCACGUUGGAAAAUUAACAUGUCAGUGGGAGCAGCGUUUUUCUCAGGGAGCAAGAUCAAGAUUUUCAUGAAUGAGGACCUUCUAAAGGAAAUUGACACUUCAGAACCGUUCGAUUACGACAAGGUUCAUGCAGCCAAUUUUGAUACAGCUGUCCCCGAGUUGAGCGAUUACAUUCAGGCCAAGUUUAUGGGAACAGAGCUGCAGGGGUUGGCGGAGGCGGAUAAGCUGCACAAGUUGAGGUUGAGAUUGUUUGCUGAAAUUGAUAAGCAGGAGGAGCACACAGAAGCGCAGAUAAAGGAUGCAAACAAGUCAGACCAUACUGACUGGACGAAUAAGGAAAUGAUGGAGUGGUUGAGGAGUACGAAAUAUUACAGGAACUUAAAGGACUUUGAUGUCGCAAGCUUUAGGACAAAAGUGGAUUCUGCAAUUUCUACGCUGGUCAAUUACAUACACAAUAAGAACAAGAGUUGUCAAUUUUUCGACAUUUUAAAGAUGGACUAUAAACAGGACAAGGUUGGUUUUGCACAACCUGUGAAACCAGACCUUGAUAUCGACCUCGAGUCGUUGGAAGAUUUGCCUGAAAAGUGCAGCUUUUUUGACGCUGUCACACUGGAGGUGGAACAAUCCACACCCGUACUCCUCCUUCAAAUAACGGACCUCAUCGAUAAGUUCUGGGUGAAUGGAAAUUAUACCAAAUUCCGAAGGGUAGCCGACUGUCCCCUUUUUGGACAAUUUGAGGAGUGCAUGGGGCACGUUUUUUCGAUUGAGACGGUCAAACAACUCUUCCAUAAUGGAUAUUCUAAAUUCCGCAACCCAAUGACUAAUAAACCUUGCUAUGGAGGUCUGAUUCCCCACCCUUCCUUUGACGACUGGAAUGACUAUUUGCUAAUGAUCACCUUCUUUCGAGGCAAGAACAUCCGCACUUGUCCUGCGCUCUUCUACUACAGGAUUUGGAAGUAUGCCACAGGUUGUGAGUGGCUUGACGACGGAGUGGUCACUCUGCUAGAGCAGUACGCCCUACGGAGAAUAUCUGUGGCCAGGACGCGACUUGCAUUCGGAUCAUUGGCCAUGGACCCCGUCGAAGUGGUCCCACUGCCACUGACCCUUUUUUACUGUGCUGAAGGCUCUUCUCUGUUGUUUGCACAAGAUUCUCAACUAUUUUUGAACGAUCGACUUCGGCAGUACUAUCCCGUGUCUCGUGAUUUAAUCCACAUCAUGGAGAAACUUGGGGUUUCUUGUGACCCUGAAUUUAUAUCAGGAAGGGCUGUCCUCUUUACCGCUGUGUCCUUAUUAAAGACUGCAGGAAAUCAGAUGUCACAAAAAUAUGCCCUCCUUUCACGCAUUUUUCGGAAGCAGGGAAAAUUUAUAACUUACGAGGUUAACGAUUAUGUUGAUGGCGAUCCCUCAGUUUUUCCAAUCAAGUUUCUUGCUCUUCUCAACUACUCUCACAAAUCUUUGAUUCCAUUCAGUCUUCCCAAAGUCGACCUUUACGACCACGUGCACAUUGCAUAUGAUGCCAAACUUCCCCUCGUUCCCAUCUUCCCAGAAACCUUAAGGCCCAAAUUUAUUAUCCAAGAUCAACGGAAAGGCAAGGUCAUUCCAAAUUAUAAAGAGAUUCUGGCUUGCGUAACCCAAGUCUCGUUGAAGUCGUCAUCAGGGAAAAGGGUAUCAUCAUCAUCUAACCGUAUCGCCCCCACUAAACUUGAUCAGACAAAGUUACUUUCUCUCAACAAGCUUUACAUCAACUGUGUUUGCGCAAAUAACAGAUAUCCAAGUUUAGCAGAAUUUGAGGAUUUCGUGUGGAAGGAGAAGCGCUUUUACGGGGACAAGGUUUAUUUAUUUCCUCCCCAGGUACAGGAAUUCAUUCGACAGGUUUUUGACAAUUAUCAGGACUUUGCAAAGGAGCUUGGGGUUGACGAAUUUAUCAAGAGAGGCACUGCUGGGGUCAGUAUUAUACAAAGGUUAGAACUUGAGGGCGUUACGAAUGCGGCUGUGAAGAAUGCGACGUUCAUUGAAAAAUGUAGAAAGAAAUGGUUGGUGUAAGAGUUAACAUUGACAUGUAUUGUAUUGCCAACCUAUAAUAGCAGACUAAUUGGUAUAGUGCCAAAUUAUAAUUAUCUUGAUCUCUGUGUCAAUUUUCUACUUUAAAAUUAUUAUUCAACAAUUAUUUUCAAUAAAUUAUUACUGCACA